AUGAAACUUGCCAGGUUUUUAUUGUUGAUUACGCUAUUAACGUUUGCCUACGCGAAUCCGGCAGUGGAUACUGGUAAUCCCAUCAAUCACGUGGAACCGCCAAGCGUCAGUAAAGCAGCGCUCGAGGAUUCGUUCGUGAAGCGGCUGGGAGCUAAAUGUACCCAGAAGGAUAACAGUUCCUGCGUCAUGUUGAAGUUCGUGACCUACAUGAAUCGGAUACUGCAGAAAUCCAGCAUCACUCUGGGCGAUAGUGUUGAGCUGAUGCAGACUAGAAUCGACAACGACCAAUCCGGUGAUGAUCGGGAAGAAUUGGCAGUCCUCAGCCGGGCUUCCAGCUCGGAUGAUCACAAGCUGAGCGUAAUAGUGGCUGACAAGAUUUGGCGCUUCAUUCAGAGUCGCAGCGUAAAGUGGAAAGCCUUUCAGUCGGCAGACGUCGUCGUUGCAACCGGUGAAGGUGGAAAGCUAAACUUCGGUGUCUCGCUGGACACCAAGAAGCUGUUCGAGGAAGGCCGCGGCAAGAUGAAAAACUACGCUCCGGUUUUGAUGGCAUUCAUGAUGAAAGCUGGAAUUAUGGGUGCACUGAUUGUGAAGGGAAUUGCGCUGCUGGUGGGAAAGGCUUUGCUGGUAAGCAAAUUAGCUCUGCUGUUAGCCAGCGUGAUUGGAAUCAAAAAGCUGCUGCACAAGAAACAUGUGACAUAUGAGGUUGUCGCCCAUCCACCGGAACAUCAUCACCAUCUCGACACGUACAGCUCUGGGUGGGCUCGAGCAAUCGACGGUUUCGUUGAUUCUUUCUCCAAAAGGCUGGAGAACAACCUGCUGAAGGAUGCCGACGAGAUGGCAUAUGCCAAACAGAUACCGCACUAG